UAGCAGCUAAAUAUUAAUGCAAUAAACAACAACUAAAUAAUAAAAAAAUAAUACAAAAUAAAUAAAAGAGGAAAAUUACUAACCUAUCUGCAAUCUAUACAUUAAUCAGUGUGUUGUGCUAACGUUGGCAUUUAAUUGAAAAAUGCUGGUGCAUUUGUUUAUUGUUGAAAUUUGAAAAAAAAAAUAAUUAAAAUUUAAUUUUUAAUUCCGUUAAGUUUUCAAUACCUUAUUUGUUUAUUUGUUUUGAUUUUGUGUUCUUAUAAUUGUUUAUAUACAUAUUUACAAACCAAUUAUGGAUGGCAUGGCAUCAGUAUUAUUUGUCGUCACAAUACCCACAGCCAUCGAAGAAGAACGUCUUAAGCGUGAAUUUCUAGCAAAAAAGUAUGAUUUAUUAAAAGCGGAACAAACUGAUACUACGCCAACCACGGCCGGUACGUUCCCGCUAAAAAUCGACAGUAGUAAAACAACAACGACAAAUACUACACCAACAACAACAGGACUAUUUAAUAAUAAAAAUGAAGGUCAAGUUAUCAAUGACAAUGCAGAUACCAUUAGCGCAACCACUAUUGAUGUACCCUCGAUCUCAGCCAGUACCGAUGGUGAAAUGGCCGGUGUAUUAGGCUCUAUACAAUACGGCACUUUUCCCAAGCGUAGAAAAUCUAGUCAGAAAACCAAUAUUUUGGAGGAACUUUCAGAUGCUAUAAAAUCACAUGAUUUGGGUGCCACCAGCAGUCUGAAGGAUGUGGAUGCAAAUUUAACCGAUGGCCUGCCGGCCAUGCGUAAAUCUUGGGAAGGUAUAAGAGAUAUAUUAUCUUCGACUAAGCGAAAACAUCUAAAAAAGAAAGACCAAUAUAUUGAUUUGGAACUAUCGCAAGAUAUUUGUAUGGAAACAGUACUUAAAGAAAUUUUAAAAAAAUUUCAUAUACAAAGCGCCACAUGGGCGAAAGAUGCUGAGGGUCGUAUGUAUCAGAUUUUCUUCACCGUUGAAUUCAAUGAAACCUAUGAGAAAAUAUUGGAUAAUUUAAACGAAUGGGGUAUAGGAGAUCGGGAAGGAUCCACCGUGUCGGUGAUGAAUUGUUUAACCUCAAAAACCUAUGCACAAAAACUUGAUAACGAUAUGGAAAAUGACUUUAGCACAGAAAAUAACUUGGCUCAGAAACAAAGCGCCUGGGAGCGUUUUAUGAAUACGGUGCGCAGUCGUUUAAAUGUGGCAAAUAUAAUACGUAAUGUAAGGCAAGAUGCGGCCAUAACUUUUGAUUUUGUAGUGUUGGUGGUAUCGGCAGCAAUUUUAGCUUCUUUUGGUUUGGUGGAGGAUAGCACCAUCUUUUUGGCCUCUAGCAUGUUAAUUUCGCCUUUAAUGGGUCCCAUUAUAGCGGCCAUUUUUGGCACAGUCAUCAAGGAUCAUUCUUUGCGCAGUUUGGGCUUAAAGAAUGAGCUAAUAGGCAUAUUAAUGGCGGUAUUGGUGGGUUUUCUGUUUGGCAUGGUGGUUUGUACCACCGAUGAUCGCUAUAGCAUUGGAGAGGGCCUUACCGAUGAAAUGAUUGCACGCUGUGAACUGCAUUCUCUUAUAGUGGGUGUAUUUACAGCUAUACCUUCGGGUGCAGCUGCUGCAAUUGGUAUAUUGGGUGGUAAUAUUGGCUCAUUGGUGGGUGUGGCCAUAUCCGCUUCACUACUGCCGCCCGCUGUUAAUUCGGGCCUUCUCUGGGCUUUAGCUUUGAUUUAUAAAUUUUUCGAAAAUGAUGAGUCCCGCUAUAGUAAUGUGGUGAAAAAUACCAUGUAUUCAAAUAAUCAAGCUACUGAAUUGGCUAUUUUGGGUACUAUAAGCAUGUGUUUAACCAUAUCUAAUAUUAUAUGCAUUUAUAUUAUGGGCAUAUUGGUGUUAAAGGUUAAAGAAAUAGCUCCCGCAAUAUCGGGUAAUAAUCGAGAAUUUUGGAAACAUGAUAUCAAAAUUGCCCGUGAUCUUAAUCGUAAUGGUUUUGAUACAGACACGGCCAUUAUUGAUGAGUUUGCUAAUUUACCCAAAGAGGAUCAAAAGGCCUUGGGUAUUAGUUGUGAUUUUCUGCGCAACAUACACAUGGAUGAGGCAGUGUAUCAGAAUACUUGGUCACCGGUGGGUGGCAGACAUCCCUUUGAACUUACCUACGAGCCCAUAAGAGAGAAUUAUUCCACGGUACAUCGUAUAGAGAGAUUAUAUUCAACCAUUACACAACAGCAUUCUAUGAAGGAGAAAAGGCAUAGAUUUAGUUUGGCUCGCCGUCCCACUGGACGUUUGGCGGACUUUGGCACUAGCUACAAACUUUUAAGUGAAAAUCUGCCACGUUGUUCCACCAUGCCCACCAAGGUAGCUUGUCCCACUAUAAAUAUCAUUAAUGCAGAUGCCAGUUCCCUGGCUAGUGAUUCGAAAGGCACUUCCGCCACAACUACACCCACCGGCAUGGUCGAUGAACGUAAACGCCGGAAAUUUAUUGUUACACCAGCGGAAGAGGAUCCUUUACAUUUAACGUAUACCCCCUCUGAAGAUGCUGAUGCUUAAGGUUUAUUAUCUUUCUCUACUUUUUUUCUUCUUUUUUUUUGUAUUGUAUAAUUUUUAUUGUUAUACUUUGUCAGGUUUAGUUCUUUGUCAUUCUUCUAUGGCUGUUUAGUUUUAUAUACAGUCUUCCAAUUAUAUAUUGUUCACUUUAUUUUUGUCUUUUUGUAAAUGUUUAAUAAAUAAUAAGGAUUUGUAGGCCUUUAAUUCAAUAAACAAUUGAAGUUUUCGUAAAA